AACUCUGGGAAUACUCAAACCUGUUUAGCCACGGCAAGCACUGUGUGCACCUUACUGAAUUUCAGGAAGUUCUUUUUGCUCAGCUCAUAGUUCCUCUAGGUCACAUAUGAGUUUGACAGCCUCUACGCUCUGUGGGAGUCUAUUCAGUCGCAGCAGAGAGUGAGAGGACAGGCAAACCAUGGUCUUAAGCUGAUGAGCCACCAAGCAACAAUGAGUUUUUUUGACUCAAAACCAAGAUUAUGGGAUCUUCUCUGAUACAUGCGGUGAAGAGGACAAGCCAUUAAAGGAAUGGCAAUAUUGAAGAAUGGCUUGAGCCUCUUUGCCCUUCUCGUGACACUUGUUGUAUUUAAAACAUGGGACUGCAUCACAUUUCCAUGUCUGGUUUCAUCACCGGAACUUGAUGAGGAACAUUUUCAACCUCUCAUCAGACAAAGAAGAAAUGUGCUUCCAGACCAGCGGACUUACGUUGUUGACAUUGCAGUCAACAUCUCUGAUGCAGAAGCACUUGAGCAGGUCCGCGCUGCCUUGAACGCCACUAGUCUCCCCAUACGCGUUGAUAACGGCACGGAAAUCUCGGACAUCGGCAUCACAACAGUGUGUUCCUCAAACGGCUCCGGCUUCCAGUGCAGAUGUGAGGAGGGUUUCGCGUGGUCGUACAGCACCUGUGUUACAUACGGAGCCUGCGAUCACACAUGGAGCAGUAUCUGUAACUGCAUCAAUGACAUUCCUGCUGACAGCCGGUCCUGUCAGCCAAUAUCAGAACUGCUAGAUCUCAACGAGUAUGAGGUGGAGCUGGAGCUGAGUGUGACAGAUGUUGAGGCAGUGGACCAUCUCAGGAGCCUCCUGAGCAACGGCAGCUUUUUCCUCACCCUGGGUCCCGCUGUGAACGUCACGAACAUCGACAUCACCACGGUGUGUUACCCAAAUGGCAGCAACUUCCAGUGCAUAUGUGAGGAUCAGUACGUUUGGUCCUUUAACAACUGUGUUACCUAUGGAGCCUGCGAUGGGUCCGUCAAUGCCACGUGUGGAUGCAUCAACAGUCUUCCCGCCAGUGGACAGUACUGCCAGCCGAAGACAGUCGUGCCGCUGUAUGAAUACAUAGUUCAGGUGGAAAUCGGGGUCAGCGAUAUCGAAGCGAUGGAACAAUUGAGGGACGCUUUGGAGAACAUGAGUUUCCCUGUUGAAGUAAACGACAUGAUUAACAUCACACAAAUUGACAUCAUAUUUAUUGUGCCUCCAAUCACAUAUGAAUACCAGAUUUUCAUUGAGGUGAACACUACAGAUGCAGAUCAGCUGAGAAACGCCGUGCAGAAUAUGAGCUUCCCGGUUCAAAUCAGCACCCAGAUAAACAUCUCUGAUGCCAAUUUGACUACAGUUUGCAGUUACGAUGGCGGCGCCGGUUUCCAGUGCAGCUGUGAGGACGACUACCUCUGGCCCUGCGACACAUGUGCCGCAUACGAACCGUGUGACAGGGACACAAACACGUGCAGUUGUGUCAGAGCUUUUCCCACGGAUGGACAUUACUGUCAACUGAUGCACAAUCAAACGUGUCCUUCGACAACAACAGCUCCGCCACUUGUUUAUGAAAGCCUCGUUUCUUUUGAGUUACACAUCUCAGACGCUGGCGUGGUGAACACGCUGAGGGCCAUUCUGAGCAACAUCACUUAUCCCAUCUACGUCAGUAACAGCAUACAGAUAUAUGGCAUCAACAUUUCCACAGUUUGUUCUCCAGACAGCGGUGGUUACCAGUGCAGAUGUGAGGAUCAGUAUCGCUGGUCAUGUGACCAGUGUUUAACGUAUGGACCCUGUGACAACAUCACCUCUGACACGUGUGGCUGCAUCGAUGGUCUUCCUCCAGAUGGACAGUACUGUCGGCAUGUUGACCAAUACAACUUUACGUCUUGUCCCGUCACAACACCCGCUCCAUCACCAACAACUUCUCCAGUUGUCCAUGAAUAUCUUCUGUUCAUUGAGCUGAACACCACAGAUGUUACAGUGAUAGAGCGACUGAGGAACAUCAGCUACCCGCUCAUCAUUAACAGCAACAUCCAAGUCUCUGACAUCAACAUUACUACAGUUUGUUCUCCAGACAGCGGUGGUUACCAGUGCAGAUGUGAGGAUCAGUAUCGCUGGUCAUGUGACCAGUGUUUAGCGUAUGGAUCCUGUGACAACAUCACUUCUGACACGUGUGGCUGCAUCGAUGGUCUUCCACCUGACGGACAGUACUGUCGGCAUGUUGACCAAUACAACUUUACGUCUUGUCCCGUCACGACACCCGCUCCAUCACCGACAACUUCUCCAGUUGUCCAUGAAUAUCUUCUGUUCAUUGAGCUGAACACCACAGAUGUUACAGUGAUUGAGCGACUGAGGAACAUCAGCUACCCGCUCAUCAUUAACAGCAACAUCCAAGUCUCUGACGUCAACAUUACUACAGUUUGUUCUCCAGACAGCGGUGGUUACCAGUGCAGAUGUGAGGAUCAGUAUCGCUGGUCAUGUGACCAGUGUUUAGCGUAUGGAUCCUGUGACAACAUCACUUCUGACACGUGUGGCUGCAUCGAUGGUCUUCCUCCUGAUGGACAGUACUGUCAGCAUGUUGACCAAUACAACUUUACGUCUUGUCCCGUCACGACACCCGCUCCAUCACCGACAACUUCUCCAGUUGUCCAUGAAUAUCUUCUGUUCAUUGAGCUGAACACCACAGAUGUUACAGUGAUUGAGCGACUGAGGAACGUCAGCUACCCGCUCAUCAUUAACAGCAACAUCCAAGUCUCUGACGUCAACAUUACUACAGUUUGUUCUCCAGACAGCGGUGGUUACCAGUGCAGAUGUGAGGAUCAGUAUCGCUGGUCAUGUGACCAGUGUUUAACGUACGGAUCGUGUGACAACAUCACCUCUGACACGUGUGGCUGCAUCAAUGGUCUUCCUCCUGAUGGACAGUACUGUCAGCCACUGACAGAUGUCUUGACUUGUCCAUCACCAACUCCUCCAAACGCCACCACUGCUGUAACAACACAAAACACCACAGGAACGCCAACACCAACAUCACCAACCAUAACUGACACAACACAAGAGCUCAACACAACAGCCCUCACCACCACCUCACAACCAGCUGUAACCAACUCGACAACUUUUUCUACGACAGACUUCAACACCACAACAGCUACAAUCCAACCAUCAACAACUCUACCAAAUUCCACACCUGGCAGUACAACACCCACAUCUGUACCAUCAACUGCAGUUACCAACUUGACAACAGCUGCUCCAACAAACACUACAGCAAUGACAUCUGUAACAAAUUCAACAACAGUUAUAACAACUCCAUUUAACAUUACUACUUCUAUCUCCACCACAGCCACUACUACCACAAUUUCCAGCACACCAGUUAGUGCAACUAGUACCACUUCCCCCACCACAACUACUAAUACUAGUACAACCACCACUGAACCAGUAGGCACAACUAGCACUACAUCCCCCACUAUAACAACUAAUCCCACUACUUCCACCACAACUGAUACCACUACUCCCACCACAACAAUUAAUACCAGUACUACCAUAACUUCUUCUACAUCAGUGAGCACAACUAGCGCUACUCCCCCCACCACAACAACUAAUACCACAAUUCCUUCUACAUCAGUUAGCACUACUACACCUACCACAACCACUACUACCACAACUCCCACCACAACUACUCCCACCACAACUACUACUACACCUCCAACCACUACGACCACUACUCCCACCACAACUACUACUACACCUCCAACCACUACUCCCACAACAACUACUACACCUCCAACCACUACUACCACUACUCCCACCACAACAACUACUACACCUCCAACCACUACUACUCCCACCACAACAACUACCACCUCAACCACUACUAUCACUACUCCCACAACAACUACUACACCUCCAACCACUACUACCACUACUCCCACCACAACUACUACACCUACCACUACCCCCACCACAACUACUACACCUCCCUCCCACCACAACUACUACACCUACCACUACUCCCACACAACUACUACACCUCCCACCCCACCACAACCACACACCAACCACUACUACCACUACCCCACAACAACUACUACACCUCCAACCACUACUACCACUACUCCCACCACAACUACUACACCUCCCACUACUCCCACCACAACUACUACACCAACCACUACUACCACUACUCCCACAACAACAACUACUACACUCCAACCACUACUACCACUACCCCACCACAACUACCACACCUCCAACCACUACCACUACUCCCACCACAACUACUACACUACCACUACUCCCACCACAACUACUACACCUCCCACUACUCCCACCACAACUACUACACCAACCACUACUACCACUACUCCCACAACAACAACUACUACACCUCCAACCACUACUACCACUACUCCCACCACAACUACUACACCUCCAACCACGACUCCUACCACUCCGGAAAGCACUUUACCACCCACAGGAUUUGAGGUGGAAAUGUCAAUGAGAUUAGACAUGGAAUAUUCAUCAGAAUUGAGUGAUCCAACAACUACCGAGUACAGGAAUUUAAAAUCAAGAAUUGAUUCAGUGUUAAAGGGGAAUUUUGACCAAAUCCCAGGAUAUCUUACUAGUUUUGUGAAGCGUUUCAGAGAAGGAAGUGUGAUCACAGACUUUGUUGUGGUGACAACACAAGUCGACUAUGAUAGAUUAUCAGCAGAAAACCAAAAACUCCCAGCUGCAAUGAGCUCCAUUGCUCCUGUCACUGGCUCCAUUUCUGCAUUUUUCAAAAGUUCAACUUCAUUCAGCAUUCCAGCCAUUACCUACACCGGUAGCAGCAUUUCCUUGAAGUGUGAGCCUCCUGUCAAUUUUGAUCUUGGAGUUAUUAGAAGUGCUGCGUGGAAAUUCAAAGGAAGGGAUAUUAAAAAUGGUGGACGGUUUAAAAUAACUACAUCUGGUAGCAUGUCCAUGCUUGGAAUUACCAAUGUCAUCCAUGCUGAUAGCGGUUUUUACAGUUGCAUUCUGAGCAAAGGAACAAUGACUUUCCUCCAAGAAGGAUUUGUCUCAACAGACAAUAUCAAAGAUGCUCCAAUUGUGAGACUACAGCAGGAACUCAAUGUUAAAUGUAAUGUUGGAUUAAUACAGCCACUUAAAUGCUGCGUGCAGCGUCCCUACACAGUCAAGUGGUUUCAAGAUGGAGGCCAAUUAAUUUCAGUUCCUGUUGAUGGAGAAUCCAACUGCAUCAAUCACAAUUUCAAAAUAGAAACGUGCAGUGGGUCCAGUGUCAAGGAAACUUUUGUGUGUAGGGUAGAUAACCCUUCAAGUUAUAAAAUGACCAUGACCAUGACCAUUUUCAUACAAGAUGUCAACUGUAACAAUGAGCAGUAUGGCACUGGGCGAGUAGGUGACAGAUCCACCAUAGAAUGUGAGGAAGGUCAAACUGGAAGCAAGACUGCGAUAUGUCAGGACACAGGAAAAUGGAAACUUGAGGAGGACACCUGCAUAAUUGUGGAAAUCGUCGAGUUAUUAAUUGAUUCAGAGGAUUUGAUUGUGGCGGAAGUUCCAGAUUUCGUAGCUAAUCUCAGUAGAACCAUGCAGAAGGAAGAAUCGGAAAUUACAAAUUCAACUGAAACCAUAGCAGCUGUUGUUAAUAUUUUAACCAAUGUUGCAAACACGGCUGAAACUGUCAGUGAAACAACCAUGCUGAAUAUUCUAGAAAGUGUUGAUGUCAUCAUUGGUGAAGAAACAAAAGAGUCCUGGCUUGUUCUGAAUGCAAACGAAACGAGGAAUGCCAGCUCACAGUUGUUGAGCAUUCUGGAGAGUCUCUCCAAUAGCUUGGUUGGGGAGUUUGCUCUAGAGACUUCACGGAUCCUGCUCAACCGAACCACCUUUAAUGACAACUUCACAGCAGACCUGAACUCCAGCAUCUUCCUGGACAUUUCAAAUGUCGGUAUGAGCAACGUCGUCAUUACCACCAUCGUUCUGUCCACUCUUAAUAAUGUUAUGCCACCACGGAACUCCACCUUUGAUACCAACCUGUUCAAUGCCACCAGCAAUGAUACUUCAAGUGACAAUGCCAUCAAUGCCGCAGUGGUGCUUGUCAAAAUAAAUGCCAGUAGAACUGACAAUGUCCUCCUGAGCUACAACAAGCUCAACAGCUCCUUGACACUAAACCCACAGUGUGUCUUCUGGAACUUCACUCUCUUUGAUUCACUUGGAGCUUGGGAUGACAAUGGGUGCACAUUUGUUUCUGACAUAGACAACAUAGUGACCUGCAGCUGUAACCACCUCACCUCCUUCUCAAUUCUCAUGGCAACAGACAUCCCUCCAUCACUGAGAGCAGCCUUGGAUAUAAUAACUUAUGUUGGAGUUGGGAUAUCGUUGGCAAGCUUGCUUAUAUGUCUGGUUAUUGAGGGAUGUGUUUGGAAAGCUCUUACCAGAAACAGCACUGCCUUCAUGCGGCACGUUUCCAUCAUUAACACCGCCCUGUCUCUGUUGAUUGCGGAUAUCUGUUUCAUCAUCGGAGCCUCUAUAGCUAAUAAUCCCCUUGAGAACCCAGGGGAGGACUACGUAAUUCCAAUCGGACCAUGUAGCGCGGCAACAUUUUUCAUGCACUUUUUCUACCUUGCUCUGUUUUUCUGGAUGCUUGUGUCAGGCCUUCUGCUUUUUUACCGUACAGUUAUGGUCUUUUCGUACAUGUCAAAGUCAGCCAUGUUGGCCAUUGGUUUGUGUGUGGGCUACGGCUGCCCUCUGAUUAUAUCUGUGGUAACGGUUGCCGUCACAGCACCAGGGGAAGGAUACAUCAGGAAAGAUGAAGCCUGUUGGCUGAACUGGUUCGAGACAAAGGCUCUCCUGGCCUUGGUGAUACCAGCCUUGACCAUUGUGUUCAUCAAUAUUUUGAUUGUAAUUGUGGUCUUGAUCAAAAUGUUAAGAAGAAGUGUUGGAGAAAAUGCCCCCGCAGAUGAAAAGCAUACACUGGUGGUCAUCGCAAGAUGUGUAAUCAUUUUGACUCCAUUAUUUGGACUGACAUGGUCACUGGGAGUUGGAACGAUGGUAUCGUCAACAAAUCAAGGAAUCCACAUUGCCUUUGCGUUCUUCAAUUCGUUGCAGGGUUUCUUCAUUUUAGUAUUUGGGACACUACUUGAUUCAAAGAUACGUUCUAUUCUUGCAAGAAAGAUACCCAGAGCAGGAAGUGGCUCAAAUACAACAAGAAGCACAAGUGCUGGUGUUAACUCAUCAAGUGGAUCAAGUGUGAUAGGUCGACUAUUAGGAAGAAGAUAUAUCUACCAUGUUUCACAAGCUGCAAACUCAAACAACAGUGGUGCAUCAGAGUCCUUCGUCAGUAUGAACACAUGAAAUGGUUCAAAACAUCUGUCGGAUGUGAACAUUGUCAGUACAAUCAGAAAGUGGCUUAUGUUCAUGAUAUCAUCAAAGCUUAGAUAGUUGUGUAUAUAAAUGUUUGAACGAAAAUCUCAGUAAUGAAAGUGAUAUACAUACAAAUGUUUAGUGAAAAUGUCAUAAAUGAAACUGUGAAUUAUUAUUAUAAUUAUUUUUGUUAAACACUUGACAACUGCUGUGGGUUGUAUGUAAUCCUGCUAUUAUUUAUGUUAAAUACCACAAACGCAUGGUUUACAUGGAAAUUGCAGGAUUGGAAGCAGUUGGCAGGUAAUAAAUAGCUAAUAAUUACUGAAUAAGUCAACUUACAUAAACUGAAGGUCCAGUAUGUAGUAAUUGGGGGAUCUAUUGAAAGAAAAGGAAUGCAAUUAUGAUUAUAUUAUUAAUCAUAAUUAUGUCUGAAACUAUGAGUAGUUGUUACUUAGAAUGAGCCUGAUAUGGGGGCAGGUCCCUGUUGUUCUAGCUUUCAAAGUGGAUUUAUAGAUGUCUUAAUGUUAACUGAGGGCCACCAUAGUUUGACCUUCAACGUUCGGGGUGUAUUUAGUUGAUUUCCAUUUGCAACCUCAAUGCCUCCAAUCCUACCUACAGAACCUUGACUCCUCAAGUAAAAAGUAGCUAGAAUUUCACAAAGUGCACUAAUGACCCAGAUUUAUUCCUUUUAUUUAAAAAGUAUUUAGUCGUGUUCCUCUGCUUAGCAGUGUUAUGUGACAUUUUGCAUCAUGAACAGACAUGAUCUUGAAAAAGGAAGCGAGAAUCAGCCAAAAUAAAGAUAUAUAUAAAUAAAAAGUACAACAAAAAACCUAAUAAAUGUGCUAAUUUUCAUCCACAGGAAACAUCUAAAAUGUGUUUAUAUGAGGUUCAUCUGGUGAUGAGUCCUUCACUUAUGCAUGUAAAGUGAUUGAAAAACGUUUUUGGUUGCUCUUAACAAGCCCCUAGCACUUAUGCCCAAUAAAUGAUAUUUUUGUUAAAUGG